AUGAAAGAAGAUCCAGUGGAUGAGGAAGAUGAUGAGGUGGAUGAUCAAGGGGAUAUGACCAUAGCUGACGAAGAGCCGAUCGUGCCCAACUAUGAGGGAUUCAAAGCUCACAUCCGGCGACUCAAUCCAGGCAUGGAUUCUCAGUACAAUUGGUUAGUCUCCAGGAUCGCUCACCAACAGGAAAUAAGAUAUAAAAAUCUACUCGAUAUGAGAGUCAAGCACUCUCAAGCGAUCGUAAGGAGAGAAUGUGCCGCUGGCCCGCUUUGCCUCGCCUUAGGAGGAUCCACAACCCUUCUUGAUAUGAACGGCAGGCUACUGGUGGACAAAAGCAAGGCUGGUGAGCAAGAAUCAUCACGGGCCGUCAGCGACUUCUCAGAUGACGAUUCCAAUCCCGGGGAAGGCGCUCUUACAGAUAGGACAUUCCCGCAAGGAGUGCCGAUGCCACCAACCCGAAAUCUUCCAGCAGAAUUCGAAUGCCAGCUGUGCUUCAAGGCAAAAAAGUUUCAAAAACCUACAGAUUGGACAAAGCAUGUGCAUGAGGAUGUAGCGCCAUUUACUUGUACUUAUGAGAGGUGCAAGGAGCCUAAGUCCUUUAAGAGAAAGGCAGAUUGGGUGCGUCACGAGAAUGAACGCCACCGGCACCUGGAGUGGUGGAUAUGCCAGAUUGAGGACUGUCGGCAUCCGUGCUAUCGGAAAGAUAACUUCCUGCAGCACAUUGUCAGAGAGCACAAGUUACCAGAGCCGACACAAAAAACGAAGGCCGCCAUUAAGAAUGCUCGCCUUACAGAACCCGCAUGGAUCAUGUUGGAGAAAUGCCACCACGAAACCUUAAAUCGACCAGAGGAUGAACCAUGUAAAUUUUGUGGCAAGUCCUUUCCAACUUGGAAAAAGCUCACUGUACAUCUCGCCAAGCAUAUGGAGCAUAUCAGUUUGCCUAUUCUUCGCCUCGUCGAAGCUACAAAUGUUGAUGCAAGAACAAUCAUCAGUCCAGUUGAGCAG